CAAAUCAGGUUCGGAUUUAUAAAAUACUGUUCUGUAUAUAAAUAGUCAUUUUUAGACCCUGAAAAUUCUCAGAGCAUUUUUAAAGCGUUUUUGUUCUUCCCGGUGAAUUAAUUUGAUCGGGAAAAGAGAUAUUUUGUUGCGCUGUUCUUCGUUAAAGCGCUGGAAAACAAGGCAGACAAACAGGAAAUGGCGGCAGUGGUGGCAGAACAAAAAUCUUCACUGAACCCAGAUGCACCCCUCUUUAUUCCAGAGGCAUUUCGUCAUGUGGAGGAUUUUUCUCCGGAAUGGUGGGAUCUAGUGAAGACCUCAACAUGGUUCCGUGACUACUGGCUGAACUGCCAGGAGGAAGAAGAAGGUUAUUUUUUUGAUGAAAAUGAUAAAAGCGAAAUUGCUCAUUUGCUUCCCGAGUCAUUUGAUCUUGGCACUGAUGAAGAAGAUGAGUUCCCCAACUUGGAAGCCGAGUUAGAUGACAUGGUCAGGUCUUCUGAAGCUGAAGAUUACAAGAACCAACUAGCUCUUGAAAACAGCAAACGAUUGAAAAAUGAGUUGGAGAUUGAUGAAGCACAGGCACUAAUGAAAAAUCUGGGUUUGCAAAAAUCAUCCCCUAGAGCUAGUUCUAAAUCUCCAGUUUACCGUGAGAAGGCGACACAGUAUGGAAGUCCUAAAUGCAGCAGCAGCAGUCCACGUUUCAUCCAUCAGCCACGUUAAAUAGCAUCAUCUUGUUGUUAUCAUUUCCUUUUGGAUUGCAGGUCAGCUUACUAAAUGGUAACGAAGUAAAAUAGUUUUUUCAGUUUUCCAUUUUUGUAUAGAACUACAACUUGCAGCUCUUUGUAAUUUUCCCUCAAUCAUGUUAAAAUCUGUUCUUACUUUACUGCUGGUAGAAAGAUUCCUAGCAAAAACAAUGUAAACAAAAGUUUAAAAGUUAAAUGAAAAAAAGAAGAAAGCAAAUCCUCGGGCUAA